CAAUCCUGCCCCAGACAUUUUGAUUGUCGCCGGCGUUGUCAUUUCCACCGGACUUGGAGAUCCUCACUUAGUUCUUGGACCUACUCCCUCUACUGUGUCCGUCUUUGUUUCCUCUUUCUUCACGCCCUCCGUCCACCCCCUCCCACCAUCACAAUGCCUCCUCGGAUGCGUGUCUCCAGCGGCCGGCUCGCCCAGCCAGUCCGACGCCAGAGACUCUGCCAGUAUGAAAUGGCCAUUGCAGCCCGAUACGCCAGCACGGCGACGACCCCGGCCGCUUCCCACGAACAGAUGACCCGCUCGCACGUUCCGAUCGCGCACUAUCCCUCCUCGCAGCCCCCGUCAUACCGCCGACCGGAGUACCGCCGCUCGCAGCUCCUGCGCCAGUAUACCUCGAUGAUCCGCACGGCGCCGCUGAUGGUGUUCCUGCAGCACGACAACCUGCAGUCGGUGGAGUGGACGGCGAUCCGCCGGGAGCUGGGCCACGCCAUGCGCAAGGUGGACGAGAAGAUCGCCUCGGAGGGCCGCGACGCGCCCGCGCUGGCGCCGCACAUCAAGGUGCAGAUCGUGCAGACGCGGAUCUUCGAGGUGGCACUGCGCAUCGUCGAGUACUUCCGGCCCGGCAGCAGCAGCACGGCUGCGGCGGCCACGCCGGACGCCGUCGACCCCGUCACGCAGACCUCCGCCGAGAUCCCGCUGGACCCGAGCCUAUUCACGCACGACCUGUCGCGCGCCGCCCACGACGCCGUCCUCGACCACAAGGGCCAGCACGAGAUGGCGCCGCUCCUGGUCGGCCCCACCGCCGUCCUCACCAUCCCCCAGGUCUCGCCGGAGCACCUCAAGGCCGCCCUCACCAUCCUGGCCCCCAAGGUCGUCGGCCUGCCCGCCCCGACCCGCAAGGCCAACCCGGGCUGGCACGAGAUCCCCGUGCAGAACGGUCUGAGCAAGUUGUCGCUGAUCGCCGCCCGCAUGGAUGGCCAGGUCAUGGACGUCGAGCAGUCCAAGUGGGUCAGCAGUAUCGAGGGCGGUAUGGACGGUCUGCGGUCACAGCUGGUCAUGGCGCUUCAGAGCAUCGGCUCCAGCAUCACCAACACCCUCGAGGGCGCUGGUAAGAGCCUGUACUUCACGCUGGAGAGCCGUCGGAGCGUCCUGGAGGAGGAGCAGAAGGGUCCUGAGGAGAAGGGUUCUGAGGAGAAGAAGGAUGAGUCCGCUUGAACAGGGCGGUGAAUACAGUUGUGGUUUUCGGCGGGGGAUGUCCAAGGUUUCCCUUUCUUUUUUCUGUGUAUAAUAACACCCAUGUGUAACUUUUUCUUGUUUGUGUUUUGUUCUCAACCCAUUUUAGCAUAUGAGAUCGAUUAGAGAUCGGAGUCUACUGCUCUAGGAUACAAUGAC